AUGAGCGUAAAACAAGAUGGCGUCGCGUCCAACACAAAUUGCAGUGAAUGAGUAAAGUCGACGGACAGGUCCGCCUCAAAGGAGGCUACUGUGUCAUUUGAGGUUUGAACGCGGAGAUGGAAACGUUUUAAGAGUCAGUAAGUGUGUUGUGUGUGUUGACGAAGCCCUCCUGAGAAGACCGAGGAGUUAGUUUGAGCCUCCGCUGACAGCCGGGGAGGAGAGCCGCGGAAGGACGGGAUGGACAGCGGAGAGUACAUCCCAAGCAUGGACACCAUGGACACCACUUUAGCGGAAUUAGGGGAUGAAUUCACCCUGGGAGACAUUGACGAGAUGCUGCAGUUCGUCAGCAACCAGGUGGGGGACUUUCCCGACUUGUUUGAGGACCAGAUGAACCAAUCGGGCUCCAUGCAGAGUGGCGGUGGAGGCCCCGCCCCUCAGCCAGCCAUCCAGACUCCCCAGGCCCCUCAGACAGCGGCCGCCGCCGCCACCGCCGCCGGCUACCAGGGCUCCAGCGUGGGGCUGGCCUCGCCCCAGACGCUGUCCCCCCAGUCUCUACCCCUCACCCCUCCUCUGACUCCUGCCCAGACUCCUUCCCCCACCGCCGCCGUCGCCGCCUCCCCACCCUCCACAGUGCAGCAGCAGCAGGUGACCCGCAGCCCUCCACUGCUGCAGCCACGUCCGCAGGCGGUCCAGCCCAUUCAGCCUCAGCCCCAGCAGACGGCCCAGCCCACCAUCCAGAUGCACACCCAGGGGAUUCCCGUGCAGACCCAGAGCUUCCCGGUCCACACGCUGGUGCAGACCCACAGCCAGACGCCCCUCCCCAUACAGACGCAGGCUCAGACUGUGAUGAUCGCCUCCAACGGAGGACAGUCCCGCUUCAUCCAGAAUCCGGUCAUCUGCCACCAGAGUCCAGCUCCCGGCUUCCAAGUCAUCCAGCCACAGGUACAGAGCAUCAUGACUUCGCCGCAGCUCCAACCGGUGACCAUUCAGCACCAACGUGUCCUGACCCCGUCAGGUCAAACCAUACAGACUCUGUCCACGGCGCCCACCACAGUGCACACGGUGCAGCAGCAGGUGCAGCAAGUACCUGUUCUGGUGCAGCAGCCUCAGAUUCUGAAGACGGACUCUUUGGUUCUGACAACUCUCAAACCAGAUGGGACACAGGUGUUGUCCACCAUGCAGAGCCCCACCGGCAUCACCACGCUCACCACGCCCAUUCAGAACACGGCCCUGCAGGUCCCGACGCUGAUGAGCAGCAACAUCCUGACCACCGUCCCGGUCAUGAUGGGAGGAGGAGACAAGCUCCCCAUCAAGCAGCUGCAGCCGGGCUCCCCGCACGGCGCCGGGGUAGCCCGGCAGAGCAUGGAUCAGGCUCAGCUGGCGGCGGGAGUGAUCGGGCCGGGGGGCGUGGUGAAGGAAGGCGAGAGGAGGACGACCCACAACAUCAUCGAGAAGAGGUACCGCUCCUCCAUCAACGACAAGAUCGUGGAGCUCCGAGACCUCGUCAUGGGCAAUGACGCGAAGAUGCAUAAAUCUGGAGUCCUCAGGAAGGCCAUUGACUACAUAAAGUAUCUGCAGCAGGUCAACCACAAGCUGCGGCAGGAGAACCUGGCCCUGAAAAUGGCCAACCAGAAGAACAAGUCUGUUACGCUGUCCGAAGACGUGGAGCUCAAACAGGAGAUCGUGAUGAUGUCGCCUCCCGCCUCGGACUCCGGCUCCGGCUCGCCUCACCAGUUCUCUCCGUACUGCGUGGACUCGGAGCCCGGCAGCCCCUUACUGGAUCACGAUCAGGUGAAGAGCGAGCCGGACUCUCCCUCCUCCGUCGGAGUGAUGGAUCGCUCUCGGCUGCUCCUCUGCGCCCUGACCUUCUUCUGCCUGUCUCUCAACCCUCUGCCCUCAUUGCUGGGUCCGGAGCCGUCUGGGGGCCACACCCUGUCCGGGGGCCACGGCCCCUCCAGAUCGCUGGUCUGGUUUCCGAGUCACACGCAGGACUUUGCGUCUUGGCUGCGGUGUCUGUUGCCGUGGGUGAUGGUGUGGGUGCUGAGCGGCGUGGGAGCCGUGUGGGGCUGCGUGCGGGUUCUGUACCUGUGGGAGCCCGUCACACCGCUGCACUCGCCCAAGUCCGUGUCCUUCUGGAGACACCGCAAGCAAGCAGACUUACAUCUGAAAAGGGGAGAUUACCCAGCGGCCAUGGCCAGUUUGGAAACGUGUCUGUCUGUGUUGACGCGAGCUCUGCCCUCGACCUGUCUGGACCUGGUCUGCUCGCUCUCCUGGAAUUUGAUUCGCUACGGCUUGCAUCGUCCGACUCCUCUGGGCUGGCUCGUUCACCAGAUCGGAGGGAAGCACGAGGGCGAGGAGGCGAGGACGAGCGCCAGGGACGCAGCUCUGGUUUAUCACAAGCUCAGCCAGCUGCAGCUCACAGGAAAGCUGCCUCAGCGCAGCAGCCUGUGGGCUCUGUCUCUGUCUCUGAGCGCUGUCAACCUGAGCGAAAGCGCCCAGGGCAAGAUGGCCCCUGCUCAGCUGGCCCAGAUGUAUGUCACCGCGGCGACCGCCCUCCGCAUGGUGCUGGGUCACCACCUCUCCUGUCUGCCCGGUUACCUGCUGGGCUGCGCAGAGGGCGUCGCCAACCAGGAGACCAAGCCGAUCCCAGACUGUCUGCGCUGGCUCUUCACGCCGCUGGGCAGGCAGUUCUUCCUGAGCUGCGACUGGUCGGUCAAGUCGGAGAGCAGUGACGGCGUGUACACCUCCCAGAGAGACCCCACCGACCCCGUUGCCCAGCUGCACCGCUGCUUCUGCAGGAAGCUUCUGGAGAGAGCCGUUCACACGCUCAUCCAGCCGCAGAGUGACUCAGACGCCGGAAAACGCACCGAGUCUGGGGAGUUUUCCAGCGCACUGGAGUUCCUCCAGUUGUUGAACAGCUGCACAGAGGACUCUCCUUCCCAGCCGCCUCCUUUCUCGACUCCUCCCAAUCACACCACCACUCCAGUGGGAGACCCAGUGAGCCGCUGGUGGGCCGUGGUCCUGAAGGCUGCCGUCCACUGGCUGCAGGGCGACGACGUCUCCGUCAGGUCUCUUCUGGCGGAAGCGGAGCGAAUGCCGAGAGCUUUGCAUCUCCUUGACCACCCUCUGCCUAAAGCUGUGCACCUUCUCUGCAAGGCAGUUCAGAUGAGCCUGUCGCCUCUGAAGGGAGAGGGGAUGAUAGCCUGCCUGUCCCACUGUGACAGAGCCGGCAGCUACCUGCGCCCCAGCAUCUCUGUGCCGCUCACACAGUCUGGCAAUCUGCUCAACAAGGGGGUUGAACUGCUGGUCUGUGACCUUCUGUUGACCUUGAGGACCAGCUUGUGGCAGCGCGGCGGCAGCAGUAACGGAGAGCCGGGCCCCGCUCCCGGAUCCCAGUUAGCCGGUUUCCAGAGAGACCUGAGCGCGCUCAGGAAACUCACGCAGUGCUACAGACAGGCGCAGCACAAGGUGUUUCUUCAUGAGACGACAGUGAGGCUGAUGGCAGGAGCCAGUCCCACCAGGACGCACCAGCUGCUCGAGCACAACCUCCGUCGCAGGACUCACAACUCCUACACGGCUGAAGGCGAGUGCGUCUUCGGAGAGAGGGAACGAGCCCACGCCAUCCUGCUGGCCUGCCGCCACCUGCCCAUGCCCCUGCUCACCCCGCCCGGACACCGGGCGCGCCUGCUGGCCGAGGCCAAGCGGACCCUGGAGCGGGUGGGGGACCGCCGCUCCCUGCAGGACUGCCAGCAGAUCCUGCUGCGCCUCAGCGGCGGCACCACCAUCGCAGCCUCCUGAUCUCGGCGAUCCACAUGCAUGCAGGCAGAUGUUUACCAGGCGACUCGUCCAACAACUACUCGUACUUCUGUAAUUAAAUCGACUGUUCAAAUAGAUCAAGGGAAACAAAUAUUAAAUUCAUCUUUUUAACUGCUGAUGUUUACUAUCGCAGCUGCAUCCGUCAGCCCGGUAUCCACAGUCAAGUCAGACAUUCGCUUGCUUGAUCCUCAGUCGCAUUGCAACACAAUCCCGCCCCCCUGUGGUCUGCAGCGGUACUGCGCCAAACAGACUGACACAACAAGGAAAACCAGGUUAACCAGGCCCCGGAGGAAGAAAGGGACCAUUUUCUAAUAGGCGUUUAAAGGAAUGCAGUGCAUUGAUUAGCUGUCGAAUACCAAGCUGUACAAUCAUUACUGGCUCACGGCAACGUGAGCAGCGUUAACUGUGUAUCGGCUCAGUUUAGCUUCGAUGAAAGGGCUUCGCUGGGUUUAAGAGCCCGACAGCCGAGGCCUGAACACGGCUGUGCUGCCGGACACCGCGGGCAAAUAGAAAAGCUUGCUUUUAACCGUACAGUGCUGAGUAACGUCUCCUCUUAUCUACCUCAAACACUGUACAAUGCCAGCAUUGUACCAUGGAGUGAAACGCAAUGCUGAAGCGCCACGUCACUUACCAUGAAUUUGAGAAAAA